UACCCUAGCCACGUGACUUCAGUUGGUAUAAAUGCGAAUCGCGUCAUGAAUUCUGCCUCUAUUUUUCAGUGAACACUGAGUCGUGAAGAUCGUAAAGCAUGUCAGGAAAACCAGCAUACAAAGUCGCUGACAUCAGCUUGGCUGAUUGGGGCAGAAAAUGCAUCGAGAUUGCAGAGAAUGAAAUGCCUGGCUUGAUGCAGAUGAGACAGAUGUAUGGUGCUUCCAAGCCUCUGAAAGGCGCCAGGAUUGCUGGUUGUCUUCAUAUGACAACUCAGACCGCCGUUCUUAUUGAAACCCUCACAGCUCUUGGGGCUCAGGUCCAAUGGAGCAGCUGUAAUAUUUUCUCCACCCAGGACUUUGCAGCAGCUGCCAUUGCUAAGACAGGAGUCCCUGUGUAUGCAUGGAAGGGAGAAACAGAUGAGGAAUACAUCUGGUGUAUUGAACAGACCCUGGUUUUCCCCGACGGUCAACCCCUCAACAUGAUCCUUGAUGACGGAGGUGAUCUGACGAACCUUGUUCAUGAGAGAUACCCACAGUAUAUUGAAGGAAUCAAAGGUCUCUCAGAGGAAACCACAACUGGUGUUCACAAUCUUGAAAAGAUGAUGAAAGCUGGCAAACUUAAAAUUCCUUCCAUUAAUGUCAACGACUCUGUCACAAAGAGCAAAUUUGAUAACCUGUAUGGAUGCAGGGAGUCUCUUGUGGAUGGUAUCAAGAGAGCCACAGACGUUAUGUUGGCAGGAAAGGUUGCCAUGGUGGCCGGUUACGGUGACGUAGGCAAAGGAUGCGCCCACGCCCUGAGAGCCUUUGGAGCCCGAGUCAUGAUUACAGAGAUUGACCCAAUUAUUGCUCUCCAGGCAGCCAUGGAAGGGUUUGAAGUAACCACAGUCGAUGAGUGUCUGAAAAAAGCCAGAAUCUUUGUAACUGCUACAGGAUGUAAAUCAAUCAUUCAUGGGAACAUGUUUGAACAGAUGUUGGAAGAUUCUAUAGUUUGUAACAUCGGGCAUUUUGAUUGCGAGUUAGAUGUGGCAUGGCUGAAUGCUAACUGUCAGAAGAAAGAACAAAUCAAGCCACAGGUUGAUAGGUACACACUUAAGAAUGGACGUCACCUCAUCUUGCUGGCUGAAGGUCGUCUUGUUAACUUGGGCUGCGCUCACGGCCAUCCCAGUUUUGUAAUGAGUAACUCAUUCACCAAUCAAGUCUUGGCACAGAUUGAACUCUGGACCAAGCAGGGACAGUACAAAGUUGGUGUACAUCUCCUUCCUAAAAAGCUUGAUGAGGCUGUGGCAGCUGCCCACUUGGAACAUCUUGGUGUUAAGCUGACCAAGCUUUCAGAUGACCAGGCCCAGUAUCUAGAUCUACCAAAGGAAGGUCCAUUCAAACCUGAAAUCUACAGAUAUUAAACACUUGUACUUAUGUGUUCAGUGAGAUUCAAGUGUACAAUAUACAGUUCAGUGAAAUUCAAGUGUACAAUAUCCAGAGCUGUGAUACAAUCUCUACACAUUCAAAAUCCUGCAAAACUUGUCGUAUCUUGUAUAUGUACUUGUUACUGAGUGUGUUUUGUACAUUGUUAUGUUACAUGUAUUUUAAACACAGCAUUUCCAUUGUUAUUUAUAAAGGCAAUAGUUGUCUUGAGAUUCAUUUUCUAAAAAUCAUGUGUAAUAAAAUUCCAGAAACUUGAUUUUAAA